AACUUUCACCAGCUCUAUUGUGUGGAUACCACUUUGCGAGAGGAAGAGGAAUAAUAUAUGUCUUCUGUGAUUAAGCAUAAAUCUGUCCUCUGCUCUUUAGCACUAUUGGAUGACAGUAGUCUAUUUUUAGAAGUAUUCUUCUUCUUUUUUUCAGGACAGAAGAAGAUCUACAACAUGGCAGUUGGUGUCGUCGAUUUUUUGAAGAACAAGAAUAUACUAGUGAUCGGUGGGACGGGCUUCUUAGGCAAAGUUUUCCUGGAGAAAAUUCUCCGAGUGCAGCCUGAUGUUGGACAGAUUUUUACUCUGGUCAGAGCGAAAGAUUUCCAAUCGGCCAAGUCCAAGAUCCAAAAAGAGAUAAUAUGCUCAGAGUUAUUCAGGCUUGUGCAAGAACUUUACAGAGGGGAGUAUGAGAAGUUCAUGGCUCAAAAGAUUGUUCCUGUUGUAGGAGACGUGUCAAUAGACGACGAUCUGGGGAUUGAAGCAGAACACAGAAAUGAAAUUUGUUCCAAGGUCGAUAUAGUUGUCAACCUUGCAGCCACCACAAAGUUCUAUGAGAGAUACGAUGUCUCCAUGGGCGUAAAUGGCGUGGGGGCUAUUAACACCAUAAAUUUCUGCAAAAAGUGCCCAAAUCUCCUGAUCCUGAUUCACGUCUCAACCGCGUAUGUAAAUGUGGGAAGAACGGGCAUAAUCGCCGAGGAAACUGUGAAAAUGGCAAUUGAUGGACUUACAAUGGGGCCAUCUGAAAUAAAAAGAGAAUGCGGUUUGAUAACAAAGACUCUGGAAGAGAUGAGAAGUACUGCUCAUGCGGAAGAUAGCUUGAAGCACAAGGCAGAGACCAAGCGAAUGAAAGAGCUUGGGGAAGAGAGAGCAAGAAACUUUGGGUGGCCAAAUGUUUACGUUUUCACAAAAGCCAUCGGAGAGAUGAUGGUGGAACAGAUGAGAGGUGAUAUGCCAGUUGUCAUUCUUCGCCCCACCAUUAUUGAAAGUACUUUAGCUGAACCAUUCCCAGGCUGGAUGGAAGGCAACAGGAUGCUAGAUCCCCUCUUUAUUGGAUAUGGGAAAGGACGAAUACAAACAUUUGUUGCAGAGAAUAACUUAAUAGUUGAUGUGAUCCCAGUGGAUAUGGUGGCAAAUUGCAUGAUCGCUUCGAUGUACAAACAUGCUAAACAAUCUGAUUUGUUUAUAUACCAAGUGGCGACUUCUGUAGAAAAUCCAUUAUUUUAUGAUGUUGGUGUAGAUGCUGCAUACAAAUAUUUUGUGUCACACCCAUGCACAACCAAGGAAGGCAAAAUGGUGGAAGUGAAAAUACCUUUCAUACUAAGAAGCAUGGAAAGCUUUCAGCAAUACAUGAAAUUGUAUUACAAGAUCCCAAUAGAGAUGCUUCAUUUUGCGAGCUUACUUCUUUGUGGCCUCCAAAAAGAGCGAUACAGGCAACUACUUCAUAAGUAUGAUACAGUUAUGAAGCUAGCAAUGCUAUACCAGCCUUUCAUUUUCUUCCAAGGAAAGUUUGACAACUCCAACACAAAUUUCUUAUGGAAGGGACUAUCAAAAGAAGACAAGCAAAUAUUCAAAUUUGAUGUCAAACGUAUAGACUGGACAAAUUAUUUCUACAAUAUUCAUAUUCCAGGAUUGCUUAAAUAUGUUUCGGAUUGACAGAUUAUUAGAUUAAAAUGAGAAACUUUGCCAAAAAUUCAAUAUGUUCAAGAGCUUUAGACCUUUUCUAAUUUAUUUUAUUUUUAUAUCUUCUUUUGCAUGGCUAUUCAAAACU